AUGAGAUUAACACCAUCUUUCGCCCCGGCCCUCGGGCUGCUGGCGUGGACAUCGCUCAUCAGCAAUGUCGCCGCCCAGGUCACCACCCACUGCUUUCCCAUGAACGAGACGUGCCCGCCAAACCCCGCCUUCGGUAUGGACUACAACUUUGUCUUCAACGCCACCCCCAAGUUCGAAGCCUGGGAAACCACCGUCGGCCCUGUCAAGUACUCUCCCGAGACUGGUGCCGAGUUCACCAUCAACAAGCAGGGCGACUCGCCCACCAUUCGCUCUCGCUUCUACAUCUUCUGGGGUCGUACCGAAAUCUGGCUCAAGGCAGCUCCCGGUCGCGGCAUCAUCAGCUCCAUCAUGUUGUUGAGCGACAACCUGGACGAGAUCGACUGGGAAUUCUUUGGCGGCAACUCCACCGUCGCUCAGAGCAACUACUUUGGCAAGAACCAACCGCACUACACCAACGCCCAGUACGACCAGAUCCCCAGCGUCCAGGACGACUUCCACAACUACACCCUGGACUGGACCAAGGACUACCUUGACUUCUACAUUGACGGCGCCAAAUUCCGCAGACUGACUCCAGAGGAUGCCAUUAGCAAAGGCGACGGCAAGAAAGACGAGGGUGGCAUGGAUCUGUACCCCCAGACACCCAUGCGCAUUUCUAUUGGUAUCUGGGCCGGUGGUGACCCCAGCCUGCCCGAGGGCACCCGCGAGUGGGCUGGCGGUACUACCGACUACACCAAGGGCCCCUUUUCCAUGUUUGUCAAGAACUGCCACGUCACCGACUACAGCAGCGGCAAGGAAUAUGUGUAUGGAGACCGGUCUGGUUCGUGGGAGAGCAUCCAGAUUGUCGAGGGUAAUUCUACCGUCGAGGAGGUCAUGAACGCGCCACCCCCUGUGCCCGAGAAGACCAUGGCCGAGAAAUGGGAGGAACUUCCCAACGCCGCCAAAAUUGCCAUCUACGCCGGUGGCUCCUCUGUCGGUGCUGCCAUCCUCUUCGCUGCUCUAUUCUACUGCAUCCGCCAGAGAAGGCAGGGGGCCAAGGAGGCCACCGAGGCCGCGGCGCGUGCCGAAGCCGAGCGUCUGGAGAUGGAGCGGUUCAGAAAGGAGGGCAUCAACCCUGAUGCUUUCACAAGCAACGCUCACGAGUACAAUGCCAAGGACAUGGCCCAAAACGGGCAUGCCGACAAGGACAGCUACAGUGUUCCCCCCUCGCCCGCCCCCGCCAACGAGAAGUUCGGCAACGUUGUCGCCAUGGCCACAGCGGCCGCCGCCGGUGCCGGUGCCGGUGCCGCGGCUGCUCGUGCCGCCAACAAUGGCAACGACGGUCCCAUGAGCCCCACGAGCACUCCUCUUCUUCGCGAAGGCGCGCAGUCUCCACGUACGGUAGACCCCACGAACCCCUUCGGGCCCAACUAUGUCGGCACUCAAAACGCCCGGUCCCCCGGCGCCCCGUCUCCUUACAACCCACACGAAGGCUUGCGCUCACCAACAGGGUCUUUGUACAACCAGUCCAUGUCGCCGCCCCCGCACCAACCCCUGCCACACCCACCGACACGGAGCAUGACGAACCAAAGCCUUCAGUCGAGGAUGGGGUCACCGGGACCGAAUCAGCAACAGCACGGGUUUGACUUUGGCAUCGGUCAGCCGCCGCAGCGAAGCGCCACCACCAGCCCAGCACCUCUCGCUCACCCCCAGCCUCAGAGGAGCUUCACCACACCCACGAGCGGAUACGGAACCCCCCCGCAGCUGCAGCAACAAUCAUCGGGGUACGGCAACCCUCCAGGGCCGGCUAACGGCCCUCAACAGGGGUACUGGAAUGGUGGAAACGGUGGCGGCGGCGGUUACAGCUAA